CAGUAGUUAGGUACUCUAAAAAAAAAAAAAAAAAAACUGGUAGAACAGCUUCUUGGUUUUCUUGUUAUUGAAAAUUGAAAAUCUAAAAAUGCAACUGAUUGAGCAGUAAACUCAAAUGUGUUGUGAACGCUGUGAUCAAAGUCUGCGAGUUUAUUAUAAUAUACUAAAGACUUCCUGUAAUGUUCAUAUCUCUGAUCAUUGAAACACUAUUGGGAAUUGCAUACAUUUUAAAUGAAACCGAAGGUGUCAUACGGGAUGAACUCACACCAUUAAGAGACGGUUUGUGAUCUUACAUUCAGCAUGGACAUUGUACUUAACUGUAUCCUAAAUGUUAAUAUUAAUUUGUAAUAAGAUACAAUCUUACAUUGGACAGUGUAUUUAUCAUAAAAGUACUCAGCUACCCUUGAAAGAAUAUAUCAAUUUUCAAUAUUUUUUAGGUUCAUUACUGAGAAGAUGUGGAUCAUUAACCCGUUUUCCAAAUAAAAACGAUUGUUUAGUUUGUGAACUUGAUGUAUUUGGUACAAUGCCGAAGAGGGUAAGCUCAAAAUCAGUGCAAAAAUCAAAAAGAGCACGUGAAAGUGUAGAUUCGUCAGGUAGAAGAAUAUCUAUUCCCAGAAACUGUAAAUCUUCUACGCUACCAAUAAGUAAUAACAUUAUGGAUUUUGAUUAUUUAUCGAAACCAUCUAAUAAGAUUGUUAUGGGUAAUAACCAAAUAAAGUCUAGGCCUAUUGAAAAAGAGGUAGAAACAAAGAAAGAAAAAGAAGAAGCAUCUGGUUGGAGCAGUGAUGAACUUGAUGUAGUUUAUGAUCUGCAGGAAGAGAAAAAGAAUAAAAUAUAUGAAGUGAUAACUGUAAUGAGUGAUGAUGAAACGCCCAACAAAAUUACAUAUGAAAGGCUUUAUGCCGAUGAUGGUGAAAAUAAAGUGAUUGAAAACCCAAAAGAUUUGGAUGUUAGUGAUAAAACUGAUGUGUUAAGUCUAAACAAUGCUGCAAAGGCAGCUGUUUCGAUUUUGGAUGACAUUUUAUCUACAGAGAAAGUGUCAACUGUUGAAAAUAGUGCAAGUGCAAUCACAGACUCAAAAGAUGAUAGUGAUAACGAUGUGGUAUGUAUUGCUGUAGUGGAUGCAAAAACAAAAGAAGAACAAAGAAGAGCCAAUAUCGAAGAAAUUUGUUUAUCAAGUGACUCAGAAUCUGAGAGUAGGCUGAAAGUACCUCCUCUUAGAGUUAAACUUUCUAAAUAUCCCUGUGUUAACAAAUAUUUACCAAACAAUAGUAGUGAACAUUCCUUUGGUUCUAAUAAUAGCAAUUUUAAUCUUGGUUUGAAACACCCUUGCUUAUACCCCCCUUAUGUGUUUGGACGAAAACAGUCGGAUUUCUCAAAUUCACUCUCUGAUUGGGAUUCAUGUUCUACAAGUCCAAAAGUAACUUCUUCUGAUGAGUUUUCUCCUACUCAAACUGAAUCACCAAAAGUACUUUCAGAUGAAAGUUCUUCAUCAGUCUUAAGUGAUUUAACCCAACCUCAGGACAACUUCAGUUCAAGUAGUGACAAUUCAAAUUCAACAUCACCAUCGAGCAACAGUGACGAGGAAAAGGAAAUAUAUUGGAAAGGUAGGACAUUUUAAUGUAUCUAAUAGUCAAAUUUACCUUGUUUUGCUGCUGAAUGAAAGGCUGGUAUGAAAUGGAUUUUAAUUUCAGUUUGCUUCAGUUUUACUUUUCUUUAUUUUACACUCAUAAAAAUAAUGAGACAGACAUCUUGUGCUUAAAUGAAGACGUGCAUUAGUGAACUGAUAUUUGCCAUGGGGACACUGAGUGUGUCGUUAGUGAACUGCAUGCACAGCAUUUGUGUUUAUGAACUAUUGCCUUUAGUUUCUGAAUUUUCGUUAUUUUAUGUUGUAUUAUUUUUAAUGUUAAUUACUGUGCUACCAACAUUUAUACCCUAUGUAAAAUUUAGUGAAUUGAAUUUACUAUGUUACAUACAUACUUUGGCAUUUGUCAGUUUGAAUGUACAUGCUUAAAAUAAUACUACUUUGCUACUUAAUAUUUGUGGCUUCUUAAAAUAAUUAUUCUAUCAAUGUUAAAGUAGUUUUUGACUUAUUUUUAAUCUGUGUUUUCACUAUUUUAAUUCUGUUACUUUCCUAACAAAAUUCUAUUUAUUUUAAAGUUCCCAAAAAUUAAUUUUAAAACAUUUUUAAGGUAGAAAAAUAUAUGGUGUAGCUGUAUUAUUGUACAAUUAAAGAUAGUUCAAAUGUGUCUUCAACAAAUAAAACAUUGUUUGAAAGA